UUUGUUAUCAUUUAUCAGUUCAUGUGAGACCCAUUUGCUUAACUUCCACGUCUUUCCUAGCUGAUGAAGAUGCAAACGAAUAGUUUUAGGACUCACUCUGAACACAACCUGUCGAAGAUCCUCGUUGUUCGCGAUUUUUGGUCUCCCUGAGAGCGGUUCAUCGCUCAAACUGAGAUCUCCCGAAGAAAAUUUUUUGUAACACUUUUCAGCAACUUUUUUUGUGUGUGUGAGAAAAGAAGGAUUUAUCCUAAAGUGACAACAGCAUCCAUUCUAUCACAAGAACAUGCGGGUAAACUACCAGACAAAGAGACCUCAAAUGCACCCAAAGACAAAUACUUUCUCGUCCGAAUCCUUUUUUUCUUCUAUGGACUUAACAGUAUGUUACCAAUGACAUUUUUCGUCGUUGCAAAUGAUUAUUGGAUGUACAAGUUUCGCAACACAAACUACACGAAUUGGGAUCCACUCCAUCGGACUUCAAUUCAAAUCUAUUUCAGCUCUAUACUAAGCACUGCGAAGGCAGUACCGGUGAUGAUCGUAUCAUUAUUGGCCGCAAAGUACAUCCAUAAAUUACAUUUGAGGCCUAGGCUGCUUUACAGUACGCUUGUUAUUUGUGCUGUAUUUCUAUCUCUGACUAUAUUCGUAGUUAUUGAUACUGACGAUUGUAAGUAUUUAUCAUUUCCUUUGGAAUCAUACUGGUUAGUUCUUUCAUACUCUAGAACAUACAGUAGCAACUUUUUCCUAAAAUAAAAAUGAAGGAGCUUUGACAUUAUUUCCAACUUCAUCAGUUUGCUAAGAAUAGCCUUUACAAUAAAUGAGCAGUUAAUAAAAUAAGCAAAAUAUUUAAAAAUAAUUUUUCCGAUUGAAAAUUAAUAAGCGAUAAUGAAAUUCCUUCAUCUAAAUUUUUCAAAUAAAAUCAUGUUACGUUUUGAUGAAAAAAGUGUGUAACAAGUUUUUUUUUGAUCAAAUAGCUUCAUUAUUGUUUAUAUAUUUCCAAUCGGAAAAUUAUUUUUAAAUUUUUUGUUCAUUCUAUUAACAGGUAAAUAAAAGCUGGUUUUUGAAAAUGUAUUUAUUUAAUAUAUUUAUUUUCACUUUUU